CAUGAUACUUUGCGCCGUGUUGGUCAUAUGCAAGCGAUCCCGUGAUGCACGCAGGCCGUGGUGGAUCUGUCCGUAGUGUCAUGGCCGAACACGUGUAGAACUGAUGGCCUGCGAACUACCUGAAAAUUACUCUACAUUUUAGCCCGAAUUUACAGUUUAGACACACAAGCAUUCGUCAGACAUGGGGCUUCAGGCUUUACAAGACUUCGUGGAGUCGCACUGCUCGAAGGCCAUUGAGCAAGUCGAGAUAAAAGAGUUCAUGAAGGCGAGACAGGGGGCCGGUUCGAAAGCUGUUCUUGUUAUCGAUGCAAUGAGCUGCGUGCGGUAUUUGUACGGUUAUAAUUCCGACUGGGUCUGCGGAGGGCAGUGGAACGAAAUGCUCCGAAAUAUUGAGAACUUUGUGAGAGCUUUUCGCCAACAAAGCACCGAAAUUGUUGUGUUUUUAGCCGGCGAAGGCGACUCAUUAAAACUGCACGAAUGGAUGAAAACUCAAGAAAAACACAGACAAACCGUACAUAAGGUUCUCAGUCACGUAGCAAGGCAGGCGAAUUUUCCGCCAAAACGACUUUUCUUUCUCCCCCCGGCUGCUCAGUUCUGCCUGCGUUUGGCCUUUCGUAGUUGCGGCGUUAGUGUUUGCACUUCUAUAGUUGACUUACAUAAAGAACUGGUGCUUUAUAGCAAAACCAGGCGGUAUGGUGCGAUCAUAGGGCACCAUGGAGAUUAUUUGAUGCUCGAUCCGCCAGCUUACCUAUCUGCUGAUAAAUUGACCUUCAACAAAAAGGUUGUUUCCUCGUGUAAGUUCAAUAUCGAUGCAGUGUUUGAUGAGCUAGGCUUGAAGCAGUCUCACCGAGGACUAUUUGCGAGCUUGUUGGGGAAUUCAUUCAUUCCCGAGGAACAUUUAGCACAUUUUCAUUGGGCCCUGUUAGGAACCGACCAUCCCCUGGCCAAGAACCAGGCUAAUGGCCAAUCAGUGUUACCGCCUUGUAAUGUCGUCAUACGGGCACUUGUCCAGUAUGUGAAUAAUGUGGCAGACGUCUCAAACUACUCUUGGAUCGCAAGUCAAGUCUUUACUGGGGACUCUGUCAACUUGGAGGAAAUGACAGACAGAUUGCGAGAAUCAAUAGAGUACUACUCGGGAUUACAAAGUAAAGCACCUCAAGAUAAUGGCAUAGACGCAAAGUCCAAGAAAGGUCGAGGCCAGAAUGAGUAUGAGUAUCAGAAACUUUGGCAACACUGGCAACAGCGUCAGCAAAUAGUCCCUCCCCCACCUGUAUCCAGUAAGACCAUGGAAGAGGCUGCCACAGAUGUACAAAAAUUAGAAGAAGACCUAAGCAAGCUGGCCGUCAGCAAUGGGGAGAGUACUAACAUGGAGCCAGAUGUUGUUCCUAAGAGCCCUAUCGCUGCCCCUAAUGCUCCUGGAGAAGCAAUAGCACCCAGUACACCUUCUUUCCAGAGUGAGCCACUAACACCACCUGCGUCCUUCCCAACUCCGCCACCAUCUGAAGAAGCCACUCCUCCUGCUAAGUCUGCUGCUGUCAGCAAUGGCCAACAGGCUGACAACAAGUUAGAUGGCAUCCAGAUCCGAGGUGUGAUUACCAGCCUCACUCCACAAGUCCUGAACACUGUUCUUCAGCGUCACCAGGCAGGGCAGAUGUCAGAGAUCAUCUACCAGAUUCUCACCAAGGCCGAGGUGACAGUGAGUGCUGCCUUGGAGGAUGAAAACAACACAGAUAUCCUCCCGACACCGUUGCUGUAUCGCCCCAUACGGCAGAAGGUGUAUGGGUUGCUGUUUGAUAAGAAAGCUUACGACAAGAAACAAGGAACAAUGCCCCAUGAUGCUCCCCCGAUAGUAAAAGAGUGGUGUGUGUAUGCUGGUAAAAAGUUGAACAAGCCUGAUCUGGUAGAAGGUACUAUCAUGCAAUGGGAUGUCCCAGAGCUGCAUCCACUCUGGUUUGGAAAAGAGCCCUCUGAUGACCAGAAUCGCAUGAAGGCUUUUCUGACCUGCAUGCAGAGUGACACACCCAACAUGACCAAGACGACCAUGGUGCCGCAGAGGCUGGUCAUUAUGUGUUGUGUCCUGAGAUACCUGUUGAUGCAAGGCAAGGGUCGUCCUAUCAUCCUGCCGCAUGAGCUGGAUGCCUUCCUAGCUGCUGCUCUUUCACCCCAUAUCAGCACUGAGUGUAACCCCUCAAACCUCAUGGGCCUUAAGCUGCCACGAGUCGACAUGCGGGGUGUCCAGUUGGCAUCCAUCUUCAUGCGUGGCGUUGAGGCUGCUGCUCUCGCUAAUGACGCAUGUGGUUGUCCCGUGCCCUGGGAGCUUGUUUGCCCUUGGAAUUACUUUGACGGCAAGCUGUUCAUGAGUAAAUACAUCAUGGCUUCCAAUGAUGUAGGUCAACUGGAACUUUGUGAUGGCAAGAAUGCGAGACUGGAAAAAUUGCAACGUAUGCGAUGGUGUAUUGUUGAGAAGAUUCCUCAAGAGUUUCUAGGUAUGAGGCUGCCUCCCAUGGGAGGGCGCUUCCCUGGGGCUGGCCUACUUCCAACCCCUCCACCUUUCUUCCCCUUUCAUGGUAUGCCCAUGCCCAUGCCCAACUUCAUCCCAGCAGGGGCGAACAUCCCCUCACCCCCAUCCCUCCUCUCAGAGAGGCCCCGCACUCGAGGGGCAAGCAGCAAGAGACCUGUGUCCGGCCUGGGAGGCACUCUGGAGGUUGCGGGGGUCCCUGUUGCAAAAUGGGGCGGGAACAAAGCCGGCAGGGGCUAUGAUGAAAGGAACCGCAUCAUUGCUGGUGGACCCAUGAGUGUAGAAAUGUCAUUUAGAGGUAGGCGUGGCAGGAGGGGAGGGAAUCGCGGCCGAGGAGGUGGAGCCAACUGGGCGGGGACAAGGAACGUGACGUGGGCAGUAGAGCCCGAUGCUGACUACGACCGUCGUAUUGGCUACAAGGAGCCCGUCCCACGCAUGGACCCCUCUAACGAUCAGGUCCGCAAGGGGGGAGAUGGUGGUAAUGACACUGUGGCUUUCAGGGGCUUGGCCGAUGGUGGCAGCGACAUUGAUAUCGCCAGUGGCGAGCAGCUGAAUGCCAGCACCUCUUUUCCAGUUCCUGGGAUCCCCCUCAUGGGCAUCCCCGCCCCCCUGAUGCAACCCCCUCACUCGCUGAUCGGGGACAAGGAGCCAGAGAACCCAGCUACGCCUCCUCUUCACAUCCUUGCCAAGCCUGCCGACAAGCUUUCAACACAAGGGCGAGGGAGAGGGUUACCUGUGGGUGCAAGUAACGGCCCAGCCACAGACACAGAAGCCGCAAUCGGAAGGGGGCGAGCCUGGUGGUUAGAGCAAUCACAGCAGCCGGCCACAUAGACAGAAUUCUGGAGACUUGAAAAAAUUUUGGUACAUAGAGGCUUGGAAAAAUAGAGACUCGAUUCCUGUGCCAUCUCUAGAUUUUUUUUUGGUUAUUGGUCAGCAGUUGUGUACUACCGUUUACUUAGAGAGUAAUCAUUUGGUGUCUAAUUCGCGGUCGGUUCAAUUGCCUCAUACUUAGUAGAGGAGACUGUCUAGGAAACCCGGCGAACUCCGAGGAACAUAAACAAUAGGCGCUCUCUGUCAAACAACCCUGUCACGUAAUCACGACUUUACACAAACCAAGUUGCAGUACAAAAAUCGAAACAUAUGGACGAGAAUUUUUUCACUCGCUUUCUUUUAAUCUUAGUCUUUAUCACACUAUACAAGUUUUAUUGCCAUUACAUCCUGAGCUCUAAACAGCGAUGUAUGUUUUGUGCAAGUGCUAAGCGGGUCUAAAAUUCUACAGUAAAGCUCUCGAGCAAUCUCAGUGAGCUCACGUGGCAAGUAUAAUAGCAUUUGUACAAUCCUGUAUCGAUACUAUGGAGUUUUGGAAAAAUCGCGGUGUGGUGUUGAUGCAAAUAGCAACGAGACUCAGUACUCCGUGUAUUCUCUUGUACUGCAUGCUCGGGUUGUGCUACUGAACGACCACGUGACAGGGCAAAAAAAAGGGUUCUGCCUGUGUGGGUCGCGACCUUAGCUAAUCAGUUUCCUCUACUGACUAUGAUGAGCCCAAGAGCCAAUCCCUGUACCAAGAAGCAUACCAAGAUGUAUUGACUAAAGGGACAGUUCAGAGAAGAAGAAAAACUACCAGGAAAGAAAUUUGACAUCUUGUGAUCGGACUCGGGCGUAUGCUCUGGGCCUGAUGCUGGCCUAGCUCUUUUUUGCAAUAGUGGAUCAAUAGCGUUUGAAUGGUGCCGUGAACUUAUGUUGAAACAAUCACUGAUUUAGAGGUUAUCGCAAGUAGAAGUUUAGAUUUUUUUUUCUUUUUCAGCAGGCGUUUAACAUAAGAGUGGUUUUCAUAACCCGUGAAAAUAUCAGAAGAACUAGUGAAAUUUUAGCUAAUAAAUUGUAUUACGCUAAAAUCGAGUCUGAUCAGAACUACAGGUACUACUUUUAUUGUGAGAUUUCAUGAAUUUUGUUGAAAAAAAAAAUUGGACAUAAAGAUGUAAUGGCAGAUUUAUUUUCUUUAAGGUUGUGAUGUUUUAUAGACCUAAAAAAAAGCGUUUCAUCAACUGCUGAACUCCUGCUGAAAGGACGUUGGGGUACAAGCUUCUGUAAGCUGGUCAAAAUCGUGGACUAGAUUCCCUAUGUUGAUUGUUACUACUUUAUGUGGAAUAUUUGAUAACACAUUAAAUUUGAUACUUGUAA